GGACUUGAGGGAGGCAGAGGCAACCAUAUAAUCUAUAGCAGAAGAUAAGAAAACAGAAAAAGAAGCUAUAGAAAUAUGGGAAGGUCUCCCUGCUGUGAUGAGAGUGGCCUCAAGAAAGGCCCCUGGACUCCUGAGGAAGAUCAGAAACUUGUUAGUUAUAUAGAGAAAAAUGGCCAUGGAAGCUGGAGAGGCCUCCCCAAGCUUGCAGGUCUUAAUCGAUGUGGGAAGAGUUGCAGGCUAAGAUGGACCAACUAUUUGAGACCUGAUAUUAAGAGAGGCAAAUUUUCCCAAGAAGAAGAACAAACCAUUCUCAACCUGCACUCCAUCCUGGGAAACAAGUGGUCGGCAAUUGCAAGCCAUCUACCAGGGAGGACAGACAAUGAAAUAAAAAAUUUCUGGAACACCCAUUUGAAGAAGAAGCUAAUCCAGAUGGGGUAUGAUCCCAUGACUCACAGGCCACGGACUGACAUCUUCUCAAGCCUGCCUCAUCUAAUGGCUUUGGCUAACCUGAAAGAGCUCAUGGAUCACCAUUCAUGGGAGGAACAUGCUGUGAGGCUGCAAACAGAAGCUGCUCAAAUGACUAGGCUUCAAUUUCUCCAAUGUCUCCUUCAAGCCCCACCUGCUCCAUCUGCUUCCACCAACCCUACUACUUUCACUGAUAUGGAAACCAUUAACCUUCUGAACUCAUCAAUCUCAUCAAUCAGCAACGAAAAUUCAGUUUUAAGUUCAUCUCAAUUUGAUGUAGGAAGUAGUACUCCUAUCUGCUGUCUUCAGGGAAUCAAUGAAACUACCCCUUUCUCUCAUUUGCCAAACCUUCAAGCUCCAGACUAUAGUCCUCUUCUGAACAACCAAGAGAACUCUGGAAAUUAUUCAUGGCUUGCUACAUCUUCACUUCCUUUUCCACCGUCAGUGGCUCCAUCAGUGACACAGACAUUUAUCAACUAUUUGGGGGAUUCUAGUCCGAGCUAUAGCACUAGCACUGCUUGGCUUGGUGGACUCUUCCUUGAAGACAAUUUGUUUCACGAGAUUGCCUAGUGUUUAAUAUAGUUUGGAAAGCCUUCAAAGACUUGGAAUUUUCUAGAUUGCACAAUCAUACACUGUCCAUUACAUGUAUGAUAUGUAUAAUCCUUCACAUCAACCCUCAUUGUAUAUAAAUCUGCAUGCUUUGAUCAAAAAUGUUUUUACUUUUCAAGCAAACUUGUUCUUGUUUGUUCUUUUCAUCUGGAAACUUAGUUGACACGGCAAAGGUCUUCGUCGAACAUGUAUCUUAUACAUUACUCCACUGACUUACAGAGAAAUGAGAGAGAGCUAGAACCUUGCAAAGAAAGCUGAAAUCCUACA